AAUUUGUAAUAAUUACCCUAAAGAAAGACUUAUUUCAAAUUCAACAAGUAUUUAUAGUGGGAGUGAUUAUUAUUUUGAUGCCCAAAUGGAGGAAAUUGAAUAUACAAUAAUUCCUGAAAAUAAAAUUGAAGAAAAUUCUUUUAAAAAUUUUAAUUUUGAAAGAGAAGAGGAAGAAAUUAAAAGUGAAAGAAUUGGAAAAACAAAUUUUAAUUAUGAAGAAGAAGAAGAUUUAAAAGAAACAUUUGAAAUUAAAAUAAAUAAAAAUGAGAAGAAUAUUUCGAUAAUAAAUGGAGGAAAUGACGAUAGUAUUUUAAAUAUUCAGUCUAUAAAAAAUUAUCCUUUUCGAAUUAAAAAUAUUUUCAAAAAAAUUUUUGAUUAA